AUGAUGUUGCAACAAGGUUUUAUUAUUCUCCUCAUAAUAUUUCUUUUUACGGGAAAUAUUCAAGGUCAAUUUCGUCGUUUAAUAUAUCCAAAUGGAAAACAACACAUUAUUACAUCAAAUGAUGAUCCUGGUGAACCUUUAUUUCUUACACCUUAUCUUGAACAAGGUAAAAUUGAAGAAGCAAGACGAUUAAGUUCUGUUGAAUUACCACCAUAUACACAACAAUCAUUUUCUGGUUAUUUAACUGUGAAUAAACAAUAUAAUUCAAAUAUGUUUUUUUGGUUUUUUCCUGCGCAAAAUGGUGAUAAAAAUGCUCCUGUUCUUCUGUGGCUUCAAGGUGGUCCAGGUGCAUCAUCACUUUUUGGUUUAUUUAAUGAACAUGGUCCUAUACAAGUUAAUAAUGAUGGAAGUUUAACAGAACGACCUAUAACAUGGAAUUCAUUAUAUAAUCUCUUAUAUAUUGAUAAUCCAGUUGGUACAGGUUAUAGUUUUACAUCAAAUGAUCAAGGUUAUGCACGUUCACAAGAUGAUGUUGCACGUGAUCUUUAUUCAGCAUUAACACAAUUCUUUCAAAUCUAUACUGAUUAUGCAUCAAAUCCAUUUUAUGUUACAGGUGAAAGUUAUGGUNCAACUAUAAUAAGAACUAAACACUAG